UGUUAUAAUUUAGGUGCUACACUAACACAGAUGAAGCGCCGUUUGCUCGCCGUUGUCGCUCUUUUCCCUUGUUCUGUCUGCUGAUGUGCGUCAAAAGCGGAGUGCUCGGACAUGAAAUGACAUUUUUGUCACAGAGGACGCGGACGAGGACUGGACGCUGAUGAGCUGAUGUGUGUUGCCACCGAGGAGACUAAGGUCCUCAGGAGACGCAAAGCACCCCCUGCCACAAGAGUCCCUUCAUCCUGCAUCCAGGGGCAUGCCUUCUGAACCAGGCCUCAGCAGGGAGAUGCUGACAGGACAAAGACUCUGCCAGUCCAAGUCCCACCAGGACACCGUGCUCGCGGCUCUCAACCAGCAGAGGAAGGACGGCCUUCUGUGCGAUGUCACGCUAGUGGCAGGGGAGCAGAAGUUUCAUGCCCACAAAGCCAUCUUGGCGGCAUGCAGCGAUUACUUCCGGGCCAUGUUCAGCUUGUGUAUGGUGGAGAGUGCGGCAGAUGAAGUAACCCUACAAGGAGUCACCAGUGUUGGACUGAAGCACGCCUUGGACUUUGCCUACACUGGACAGAUUGUGCUGGAGCCAGCAGUGAUUCAGGAUGUUUUGUCUGCUGGCAGCCACCUUCAGCUGCUGGAGCUCCUCAGCAUUUGCUCCCACUACCUCAUCCAGGAACUGAGCAGUGUGAACUACUUGGAGUUGUACCGUGUGGCCGACCUCUUCCACCUGCCUGCCUUGGAAGAGGCCGUGGUGGACUUUUUGGUGGGUCACCUCUCUGAGCUGAGCCAGACCCGGCAGGAGGAGGCCCUGCAGCUGCCUUAUCGCCUACUCAAGGAGGUACUCAAGAGUGACCGCCUCACCUCGCUGAGUGAAGAAGAGAUAUGGAAGUUUGUGGUUAUGUGGUUGGAACAUGACUGCCGAUACCAGUACACUGAGGAUCUUCUGCAGCAUGUCCGCUAUGGCCUGAUGGACGUCUCAACCCUACAUCAUCUAGCCUGUAGCCACCCUCUGGUCCAGUCCAGCCCCACUGUUGCCACCCUGGUGGAGGAAGCCCUGAAUUACCACCACGCCACCUUUGCACAACCACUCCACCAGUCAGCGCGCACCAGGCCUCGCUUCCAGUCCCUUACCCUCUACAUAGCUGGCGGAAGGAAGCGGGAGGUGUGCAGAGUCCAGGAGUUACGUUACUUCAAUCCGGCUGCACAGGAGCACGUACGUGUGGCAGGCGGGUCAAACUGGAGCGAGCUGGCGCCAAUGCCCACUGGGCGCAGCCACCACUGUGUGUCUGUAAUGGGGAACUUCCUCUUUGUUGUGGGUGGAGAGAUGGAGCAUGCCAGUGGGAGGACGUGUGCGGUAAGAACUGCGUGUCGAUAUGACCCCAGGGCCAACCGUUGGACAGAGAUAGCCCCCAUGAAGGCUUGCAGAGAACAUUUUGUACUGGGAGCUUUGGGUCAGUACCUUUAUGCAGUUGGCGGCAGGAAUGAGCUGAGGCAGGUGCUUCCCUCAGUAGAGCGAUACUGUCCCAAGAAGAACAAGUGGACGUAUGUGCAACCUUUUGACCGCUCACUUUCCUGUCAUGCUGGCUGUGUGGCUGAAAACCUGCUCUGGGUCUCAGGUACAGUACACACCAAAGGUGGAGUGACAAACACAGCUCAGUACCAGAAUCGUUUGAUGGUGUAUGAGCCAGAGCAGGACCAGUGGUUAGCCCGCAGUCCCAUGUUGCAGAGGCGGGUCUACCAUGUCAUGGCGGCGGUGAGGAGGAAGCUGUACGUCCUCGGGGGCAACGACCUGGACUACAAUAACGACCGGAUUUUGGUGCGCCACAUUGACUCCUACAACCUGGAUGUGGACCAGUGGACACGGUGCUGUUUCAGCCUCCUCACAGGUCAGAAUGAGUCUGGAGUAGCAGUCCAUGAUGACAGGAUCUAUGUGGUUGGAGGCUACUCUAUUUGGACCAAUGAGCCUCUGGCGUGCAUUCAGGUGCUGGAUCUGAGCCGAGAGGGAAAAGAAGAAGUUUUCUAUGGGCCAACGUUGCCAUUUGCCUCAAAUGGGAUAGCAACCUGUUUUCUCCCAGCUCCAUAUUUCACUUGUCCCAACCUUCAGACUCUCCAAGUACCCCAUCACAGGAUUGGUGCCGUUUAAUCACAAUGCAAGCAUUAAAAGGGGAUGGAGGAACAUCCUAUGUGGACACUCAUCGUCUUUUCAACAUGAACCUGAUUACAGUAUCAAUGCUUUCCCAAAAUAUAACCAUUAUGGUGCAGUGAUAAGAAAAACAAUCACUCCAAAGAAGAGAAUAUAGAGAGGCUGUACAUGUAUAUUUUUAACUUGCCUAAUUACUCACUAUCUAACAUGUUAAUAAACCCCAGCAUUCAGAUGGCUAUUUUUUUUGUUGUUGUUGUUUACCAUCUCAGAGAAGGCAGCAGUUUGUGUGUGUUAUCAACCUCCGUAUGUGAGAAAUGCAUAACAUGUCACGACUUAUCUACUGUUAAACAAUAUCUGCUUAAUAUUGUCAAAGGUAUGCAAAUGCUCUGAUAAUACAUAAUUGUUUGUUUUACCAAAAGAGUGCGACUCAACUGAUCCCUUGUUGGUGAGAGUGUACAGUGUAUCAACUUUUCAAAAAUAAAUAUAUAAGUCAACUGCAAUGGGAUUUAUUAGUAUUAUUAUUAUAGAAGAAACGUAGAUAGAAAAAUGAGGUGUUGAUGAUUGAGCAGAAAUAGAGUGAACAGUAAAUUGAAUCACUGCAUGAAUUCUCCAGCCACCACUGAGAGUGCAGCAGAACAGCAAUGUGAGACCAAAGCAAUGCAGUGAAGUGAGGCUGGAAAAUGACAGAAAAUGAGACUCGGUGAUUGUGGCAGACAGGAGUGACACUUUGUGUGAUUUGGCGCAAACUAAAUGACACUGCAAGAGACUGCUAUGGCUUGUAAAGGGACAUAAAAUACUCUCUCCUUUUACACAUUUUUUUCCCGUACACAAUCCUGUUUUGGCUUGCCCAGCAUGACCAUCUUACAUUUUGAAAUUCAGAAAUCCAACCUAGAGAGCUCCAGAACCGGACUGUCUGCAUUACUUCUCCGCUCAUGCCUGGACGUUACAUGUCCAAUCGCAAGACAUUUUCACAUGAUUCUAACAUGUUAUUGCAAGCAAUGUUGUGCACAGUCUUUGCAACAUAACAGUGCUAGACAACCUGGCUUAUUGUUCAUGAUUACAGUUACACUUACCAGCUGCAUCCGCUCAUGGCUAAAUGAGAGGUGCAAAAUAUUAGAAACACCUCUCAAUUGUAGACUGCAAAGUGCAAACUUCAGCGACGUUAAUGAACAUAUUGUUAAAUGAAUACAUUUCUAACAUUAUCAAGACAUGCUACCAAAACAUACAGUAUAUUAAACAAUAUUUAUCGUCCUGCUGUGCCACCCCCAUCUAAAAGCACUCACAGAUGCCUUAAUCUUGCUUGUGACAUAAAAAAAAACAUAAAAGGAACAGACAGAACAAAGUUAAUUUGUAUUUCUAAACAUAUUUGCUUUUUCCUCACUUUUUGUCUCCCAAGGAGUCCAAAAAAAUGACAUGCACAUCCGUAACGGCCAAUUAUGCAAAUUAGAUGACAUCAUAUUCCCCGCCACAGAAAGCUUGUAGUCCUGCAUGAAAC